UUACAGUUUGAAUUUGUCAAAUGUUGCUGCUUUACCAAAGACUUUCGUUGCAAAUUUUUGACAGUAGGGUUCGCGAAUGCAGUGCGGAAAUUUAAAGUAAAGUAUCAGUUUGUUUUUGAGGGGAAAAUGUUAGGUAGCAGCAGGCGUAAUGCCCAACACGGAAGAGUAGUGGGAUGAUCUGAUUAAGAAGGAUGAUUCUUAUCAGUUCAAAUGAAUUGACUGUAUUGUUGUAACGAUAGAGUGUUCAAAGUUCUAGUUUGUGUACACCACGGUCGUCUGUCACGGUAUAGUAUAAGCACUGUACACUUGCAAUUGCAUGGAGUGUGACAGAAUGAGUGAACAUAAUUUCUUUUACGGACUAGAAAAGCUAUCUAUUACUAGCGGAAUACCCGAGCUGCUCGUAAGUAUAAGAAAAAUUUGUUGUGUUUCGGACAACGUUUUUGUUUUGACAUUAGGAGGAAUAGUUUGUCACGGAAUUAUCGUGCAUGAAGGUGAAAUAACUACGCUGAUACUGCAAGAAACAAGUAUUGUAGCUGUCGAUAUUGCUUCAAAUGCUACAACUCUAUUUUACGUUAAUGAAAGUGGGAGAGUUUUUAAGGUGUCUCCACACAAUCUGGAAGAUCACGAGGAAAUUGUCUUAAAUCAAGAUUCUAGAUGUUGUGCCCACGGUUUCCAAACUGCAGGACAUACGGCCAAAGUAAAACAAGUUUCUGCGACAGAUUACGGUUGUUUGUUUGUAACUGAGAAUGGUGAGUUGUGGGCGUGUGGUGAACAUCCCCAGCUGUGUGUACCAAGUAUUGAACCACAGAAAGUGCUGUUUUUUGACAGGCGUGUUAUUAAUGUAGCCUGUGGUUCAGAUUUUUCGUUAGCUUUAGUGAAUAAAGUAGAGAAGUGUCCUUCAGAGAAAGGUGAAUCAGAUGAGGACGAGGAGGUGUUCGUGUCAAAUUGCCCAUCAUGUCUUAGUGAGUGUGCUGUAUCGCCAGUGUCACAGCAGUCAUUAUCAGAUACAUGCCCCUUGGGGCUCCACAUCCAACAGCCCAUUGUCGACCACUGUUCAUCAUCAACAGCAAGCAAAGACAACUCAGCUGAUGACAAAAGGACAUCAGAUGAGUCUACAUCCAUUUCUUCGAGAGAGUGUACAGCUCAGAAGCAGAAUAUCCGUCAUGAUAAUUCAAAUGAGUGUGAAAAAACCGACCAAAUUUCAGAUGAAAUUGAAUGUCAGGAUUCUACAUCUGAUAAAAUACUUUGUGAAGAAACUGACAUUUUAAAUGAAAACAAGAAUGACGAGAUUAAAGCAGAGAAGAGGAACGAAUUUUUUAUAAAUACUGAUGCAGCAAGACAGUUUCUGACUAGACAGCUGUCUUGGGUUUCAACUUAUGGAGGUGCUGGGGAGGACUUAUUGGUUGAAUGUGCUGAAGCAUCACUUGUUCGUCCAUCUCGUAUAAUAAAGCAGAAUGUAUCAACUGUCGCAAAUUUAGUAUAUGAGGGCGUCAAGACUGUUGGUGAUAGAGUUGCUACUCUAUCGAGGCAUAUGAGUGGUGGCUCAGAAACUAGUGAAAAUGUACAAAGUAGUAUAGGAGACUUUGAAAUAUUUGACGAUCUAAAUUGUGAUGAAGAAAAACAUGCUGAUCAUCUGCCAGCACUAAGUUCAAGUGCUGGAACGAGUGAACGGGGUGAGGACUCUGAAGUCGGACUUACAGAACAGGUUACUUCCUUGGUACAGUCAGGUAACUCGUUGCUGUCAGUUGAGCUGUGGUCAUGGGGCAACCCUAACCAUGGUCAACUGGGCGCAGGAGAUACAUUUAAGAAAAACCGUCCAGUUUUAGUUUCAAAACUGUCUGGAACUGGAAUUCAAAAAGUGGUAUGUGGCCGUUUUCAUGCUGUGGCUCUGACUUUGGAUGGACGUGUUUUUGCUUGGGGCAAGAACAAUGCGUAUCAAGUAACACUCGAGUCUUCUUCAGAUCAAAGUUCUCCACAGCAAAUUAUCUUACUCCCAAAUUCAGCAAGAGUGAAAGAUAUAGCAGCUGGAGACCACCAUACACUUAUGUUGACAAAUGAUGGUGAUGUUUAUUACAUGGGAAAACAAAAAUUUGGGACAGAACCGGUUGGACACCUAAAAAAACUCAGUACUGGAAAUAGUGAAUCGCAGCUAUACAAGAGAAUAUUUUGUUCAAGAUAUAUAUAUGGUUAUAGUACUUCCUUAAGGACUGUCUUCCCUGCCGUCCAAGAUUUGAUUGCAGAACAGUCAUUUCUAGAAGAAAUGUUACUAGUUUAUAACUGCCUCGUGAAACCUUUGCAGAAAAGGAUGUCAGUUGAUCAAGACACAGUUAUUUAUGAACAACUGUGUGUGUGUUACAAUGACAUAAUAUCUGUAACAUGUCUUAAUGUACACACUUUUACAGAGUACAUUGAAAGUGAUGGUGAAACAAGUAAUAUUGUUGUAGUUAAUAAUGUUGAAGAGUGCAUUAGGAUAUACAGAAACUAUCUUAAUGCUGUAUGUGAUAUAAUAUCGAUAAGUGGGUUUUCUCACAUAUCACGUGUUGUUGACAAUCCAUCUAGACUUUCCACUUUUUAUUCAGAGAAGAUGAAAUCACGCAAUAUGAAGAGAUCACAAGAGUCGGUAGUGUCAUUUGCUUUUUUAAAUCCCCUGACUAGGCUUAACAUUUAUAAAUGCAUGGUCCAAUCUCUGCUCAGAUGCAACAACCUCUCUGAUCAUCCAGCUCCUAGUAAACAAAAAAAUUACAAAAACCUUCAAGAUGCUCUGAUUAAAUGGGAUCAGCUGUGGGAAGAACAAGAGAGACGAAGGAGAGAAGCUGAUACUACCCGCCGUUUCUGGGAAAGUGCAGGACGGCUAAUUGAACUUCUACGCACACCAGAGAGACGUCUAAUACGAGAAUCACGCUCUCAUCCUAUAAUGGUUCACAAUUCAGGCAGAUUUUCAUCACAUUGGAUUAUUUUACUAAGUGAUGUGUUAGUCCAUGUUAGUGGAAGCUCACAAUCAAUCCAUCCAUUAGCAACACUCUGGGUUGAACCUCUGCAAGAUACCGAUUCAUUGUUGAAUGCCAUGGUGCUCACAAUGCCUGAAGAAACUCUUACCCUUUACACACCAAGUCCCCAUGACAAAACUGAAUGGUUGCAAGCACUACAGAACUCCAUCAAAAAGGUGCUACAGAAAUCUCAUUCACAUACACCACCAAGUGUUCGAUCAGCCACUUAUACAUUCACCAAGACUUCAACAUUAAAGGAUGCAAAAUAUUCAGGUCGAUGGUGCAGUGGUAAAAUGCAGGGAUCUGGGAAACUUGUCUGGCCCGAUGGAAAAACAUAUGUAGGGCAGUUUCAGAACAACCUUCAACAUGGAUUUGGGAAAUUAGACAUUCCAGCAGUAUCCACUUAUGAAGGAGAGUGGAAAGAUGGGCUGCAGAAUGGAUAUGGUGUUAUGAGGUACGCAUGUGGUGACUUGUAUGAAGGCUGUUUCAAGGAUGGUGUUCCAAGUGGUCAUGGUGUUCAUAAGCAGGGACAUUUCAUGGCAUCAGUAGCAUCUGUUUACAUUGGAGAAUGGGUCUCAGGCGUGAAGCAAGGAUAUGGAGUCAUGGAUGACAUUGUAACAGGUGAAAAAUAUCUGGGAACUUGGAACAAUAAUAUGAAACACGGGUGUGGAUUGAUUGUUACCUUAGAUGGUAUUUAUUAUGAAGGUCUUUUCAUGCAGGAUGUGUUAGUGGGACAUGGUGUAAUGGUGUUUGAAGACGGUACCCACUAUGAAGGUGAAUUUAAAUCAGUUGGUGUUUUCAAUGGAAAAGGGACACUCACUUUCAGUAGUGGUGACUAUCUAGAAGGUUCAUUGCAUGGUUGCUGGAAUGAAGGAAUCAAAGUUACAGGAACAUUGUUCAAGAAUGUUACUGCCACAUCAUCCAAGCUGCAGACCAAACCAAAUUCAUUUGGAAAACUCUGUGUUCCGGCAAGUGAGAAGUGGAAAGCAAUCUUCAGAUACUGUUAUCAGCAAAUGGGAAUUCCUGAAUAUGGAACAAAGAGUGCCCAAGGAAAAGUACAACUUUUGGACACACACAAGAUAUGGGAAAAUAUAGCUGUAUCUAUCAGCAGUUCACGUCAGCACAUGUUGCAAAAAUCCAGAACUGAAAAAUCUAAAGACACAGUAACUGGUGAUGUGCUGGAUACUAUUCCAAAAGUUGGCAAAGAGAAAUUGGAUAAAGGCAGUUAUCAGGAACUAAGAAAAUAUUUAGCAAAGGCAUUUGAAAGUACGCACCAUCCACUGGGAGCUUUGCUAACUGAUAUAACAACUGCUUACACAGCAACAUAUGGGGGUGUAAGAGUCCACCCACUCCUUCUCAACCAUGCCGUGGAUGAGCUGCAUUCCAUCACUGCACGUGUUUAUGAAAUAGUAAGACUUCUCUUCCCAGCCCUCCCAAGUUAUGGGAAGGAACUUCUGCUGGAAGGCAAAAUGGAGCUUGAGUGUGAGGUGGUGAGUGCAGCAGCAAUUCUACACCCUAUUCUGUUGCCACGUGUUCAUUCAGCACUGUUUGUUUUAUAUGCACUCCAUAACAAAGAAGAAGACGAUGCUUAUUGGGAAAGGUUAUUAAAAUGGAACAAGCAGCCAGAUGUAACACUGAUGGCAUUUCUUGGCAUUGACCAGAAAUUUUGGAUAAGGGAUCAUCCAGGCAACUGUGGAACAGAAAACCAACCCCCUUUUUCUCCAGUGCAUGACAAAUACUAUAGAGAUGCUGUUGAAACACUUCAACAGCUGAAAACAACAUUUUCACCGCUAGAGAAACUUCUUGUCAUAAGAAGCACAUUUGAACAAAUGACAGCAGCUGUUCAGAAGGAACUGGGAACAACAUAUCUAUGGACAAUGGAUGACUUGUUCCCUGUGUUCCAUUUUGUUGUUGUCAGGGCAAGAAUUCUUCAGCUUGGUUCAGAAAUUCAUUUUGUUGAAGAUUUUAUGGAACCAUAUUUACAAAAUGGAGAACUGGGAAUAAUGUUCACAACAUUAAAAGCUUGUUAUUAUCAGAUUCUACAAGAAAAAAUCAGUGUGAGCAUGUAAGAGGACACCUUUCCCCAGCAUGCUGAAAUACUCUACCAAAACAUGUAUAUUUCAUUUGUGCAUCUAAAUACUGUAUUUUAAUCAUUUAAAGCACUCCUUUUUAUAUAAAAAAUGUACUAUUGAUAUACUGUGAUUUUUUUAACAAAAUCUGUAAGAAACUUUUAUACUACUGUGACUGAAUGUAUUUUUGAUAUGUGUUAUGAAUAAAAUUGUUUGUUUUUGGUGCUCUUUAGGCUGUGGAAUUAAUUUUAUUUAUAUGUAUAAAGUAAUUAUUUUGAAAGACAUAAAUAUGUAUUGUACCUGAACUUAGGAAAAUGAGCACUAGAUACAUAUCUGUUUAGCUUAGUAUUACUUAUUUAGACAAUCAGAUAAAAUGGCCUAGUUGUAGCAUUGUUAUUUUAUGUUGUAGUUACCCUUGAAUGACUAUUUUCAUAAUCUGACACAUUUUGUGUUCUCUCUCUUAAUGAACAUCAAGGUUUUAAAUUAUGAAAAGUUAUAUCAGUCUGUUCUUACAACACAAGCACAUUUUUUGUGCACUGUAAUUCAAAUGAAAAAGAAUUAUACAUGUUUUAAAGGUUUAUUUUUAUUGUGCCAUGUAUUGUUGCAAGGAAACAGUAUUUUUAAUAUUUUAUAAUAUUGUUAAGUUUUAUCAGAUUUCAUGUAACUGUAAAGAAUAAUGUACCUGUUCACCAUUUUAAAUGCAUGUAGCAACGUGUGAGGUGGCCUUUUCCCCCCAUGAAAAGAUGUACAUACCUUAAAUUAUGAACAACUGUAACUUUUUUCCCCGCCUGUUAUGAAGUUAAUGAUUUCCUGACCUGUUAAGAAAGUUGAUUGAAGCAUCAAAUUUCUUGUACAUAAUUUAAGUUUAAAUGAUACACUAUUUAUUGUGGCAAGACUUAAUUUAUUUUUCUCAUUUCCAUUAACCUAGUAACUCUAUCCACAUUUCCUAAUAUUUCAGUACGGCAUAGCAAAUAAGAAUAAUAAAAAAGGACAGUUUUCUUUAACAGUUAAGUUUGUUAGUGCAGUAUCAUAUUUUUGCAUGAAUAAAAAAUUGUUUUGUUAGUGACGCAGCAGUAUUUAAAAUCUCAUUUGUUUCUGUGACAUUCUUGAAAAAUCCUCACACGCUAUAUAUUCUGAAUUUAAACACCAUUAAAUCUGUUUUUUACGCUCUUGUACAAGAGUUUUACUGUUUGGUUAAUUUUGCUUGUCUUCAGUGUGUUCACUUUCUACUGCAUAUAUUUACAGAUUAUAUGCUCAUUUCUCUUAUUUUAAUUUGUUUAUCAUUAUAUCUACGUUGUGACUGGAUUGUGGCACACACAGCAGUCAUAAUCAAUGUUUUCUGGACAUACUGACUGUUCUUCACACCCUGCUGACACCCUCAAUAAAUAUCCUUGAACUGAAA